AUGGCGGUGGGUCACCGCCUGGACUCGUUUCAUGCGGCGUGGAGGGCGAGGGCCGGAGUAAUUUUGCUAUUGGCUCGCAGUCCGUGUCGCAAUUCACCGCUGUUUACCAAAGCGGCAUCCACUGCUGUCAGCCCCGUCUGCGCCGCUGCAAGUGGUCGACGACCCUGGCACCCGGGACCUACGACCGCCUUUCCUGUGCGAGGUCGCGCCCGACGCGAGCCCUGUCGUCUCGCACAUGGCGCUGCCUGCGAUGAGUCGUCGCAGGGCCAGCAAUCAACACCCCCGACCACGACACCAGGACACCUCAGUCCGGCGACGCCCCUGUCGUCUGCCCCUGUUGCUAAACUUGCUUUCGCCCUUCGUGACGCCGAAAAAGCACACAGACAGAGCUGUCACAGUCACCGCACGGGUGCCGCCCCCCACGACUCACUGGCACGCCACGGCCGCUUCCGCGAAAUAACUUUCCCGGAUAAGCUCACUCAGUUGCUUAAAGUAGUAAAGUUCAAGCUGGAGAUCAUCUCGGGGGUCGGGGGAGCGCGACCCAGCGCUGCCUCCCUUCAUCCAGUGCACCAAAAGCCGGACCGUAGACGUUUGCAUUUCCUAAUACGGUGCAUUCCCUAUUACGGUGCGAAAAGCCGCCGCGCCGCUACCUGUGCGCGCGGCGCCUUCCAGACGGUGCGAAGAGCCGUGAAGCUGCAAACGAUGCCCAGUGCGCCCUUGACGGGGCAACCAUAUAGCGCAAUGCGUUGCGUCUCAUUUACCUUGCUGUCGCGCCAUGGCCAGCAGUGCGGUGCCGCAGGGUGCGCUAGGCGGCAGAGUGAGGGUGGCCACGAAACCAACUCGUGA